AGAAUCUGCCCAUAUCACUCAACGUACCACAAAUGCACAGCUAGGAACAAUGGCAAUUGGGAAAACAAAGAAAGGAGUGCCUACGUCUGGUGCUCAAAAGAGUUUCAGAAGUGCAGAAUAUGUUAACAGCAGUGAAGACGAUUCCGCAGGUCAAAUUCCUGUCCCAAAGACCAACCACAUCACGCCGAAAGAGAGAAAGCCACAAGCUUUGAAGGCGAAAAAAGCAGCGGUUCGUAUUCAAGAAACACCAAUCCCACUUCCGAACGUGUCAAGUAAAACACCGCUCUCGGCAUCUUCCAAUAAGACCCUAUCAAAUGCGAACUCGAAUGGAUCGGCAUCCUGCUGCAGCAAAGCCCAGCAAGCUUCCCCUAGACUCCCAGAACUCAGACUAGAGAUGGAAGUGGAAGAGGACGAUUCUAGCAGUACUUCAGAGAGUUCUGAUGCCACCGAAGGCGAUGGCUCCGAUCAUGCCGCUACAGAUCAUGGCAUUGCAGACGAGAUCGCCGCAGACGAUGGUACCACGGAAGACGAAACAACAGCAAGCAGUACAACCAGCGAUAGCACUGCUGUAGUUAACAGACCUGCUUUCAUACCUCCCUCGGGUUUUAAGGAGCUGGGCAUUGGAGACGUGAAGCUGCACGAUUCGACCAAUAUACUUUCAGACGCAAAUCUUCGAGGAAAACAAAUAAUUCAUAUAAUUGCGCCGGCAAGAAUAUCUCUAGCGGAUAUCGAAGCCCUAGAUAUUAAGGGUGUAAUAAAAGCAAAGCAACAGUUGACGCUCACUUCACACGAAGGUGUCAAAUACGGCGUAGCUCGCCAAGACGGACAAGCAUGCAAAGAGACGAGGGUGCUCGUACCCAAAGGAUCAAGAUACUUCCCAAUACGCUCUACUAUCUCUGAAACUCUACAGCUUCAGCGUAUCAUAGACCUUCCGAACCCAACUACAUCGUACGAGGUUCCAGCUUCGAGGCCACUUAGGCAGCAGCCGAAGGGUCUGCGAAUGCGAUUUCGAAUGUCAGGUCAAACACAAGACCAAGGUACAACGUUGGAGUGGUCAGAUAGCGAUGAUUGUAAAGCUGUUCCUUCUCAGGAGAAACGAGUAGGAGCCAAACCCGCUCUGAAAGAGUCAGUAAAGAAGUCGAAGAAUCGAGACAAAACAUCUACGAAAUCAAAGGACAAGGAAAGGGAUAGCAGUAGCGGGAAGAAACGUAAAAAGGACGAACACGACGAGGACAGGAGGCGUAAGAAGAAGAAGAGAGAUAUAAAUGUCGAGUGAUACCCUAUCAGAUUAGUUGGAGGUUUAUCUCUCUGAUAUAACUAAGCCUCUUUCAGAACAGGAGUGAAUGUCCUGAAGUCUUGAUAUCAAUAUGUUUCGAUGCGCAGUUCUGGCAUAAGUUCUGCUCUAUCUACACAAUUGACAUUUCAACAGCCGUCUAGGACCCCUGUAAUAUAUGUCACAUGC